GAUUGUUUUGGGGACGUCCUUUUCACCGUAUCUAGGACCCGGCCUAAAAUGGUGCAGAGACAGAGAAGACUAACGCGGAUAGUCCAUCGCCGCCUCUCUUUCUUUCUUUCUUAUAGAUGGGAAGGGGCGAUGGAGGAGCUGCAAAGGUGGCUUCGACAAAGAACUGCUAGUGAAUGUCGAACCGCAAUCAUAGAGAGGAGGGGUUGUGAUGUGCUUUUAAGGAAACUGUCGUAAAUUCACUUGCUCUGUGCAAAUGUAUUUCUGUGUCCUAUGCCACGGUGUUAUAGGCCCUGUUCAGCAGAGGGAGUUUAGGAAAGACGAAGAAUUCUAGAAUACGACAGAAACUGGUACUGCCCGAGUCUAUAUGUGUUUCUCGGAACCCACUUAAUGAAGACUGCAAAAGGGGGCGAUCCAGGAGCUAAGCGACCCCAGAGGAAACAGACACUGCAGUGGCCGCGAAGACGAUACCGCACUGCCGAAGGCAGCGACGAGUCCGUGGGUGUGGGUGUGACUGUGCACAGGCUGGCGGGCUAUGUUGCUGACCACGGAGCUCAGCCCGGAGCAUGCCAUCGACGGGUCCGCAGACCACCUUUCGCCCUUGGCCGGGGACUCCUGCUCUUCCAUUAACUAUUGGCGGGGAGGGGGUUGGCAGCUGAGCUGCCGCCGGCUGUGGUUAACCCUCUCGCUACCGCUGCUUGGAAUAAAGUCAGGUCCAGGGGGCUUUCUGUGGCCUCCGCGACUCCUUCAAGAUUAUGAAUGGAAGCUCUUUCAGGAAAAGGACCGCGCACAGCAUCUCGGAUGUCUCCGCUGGAAAUACCGGUGGGUCGUUCCCCACUCCCAUCUCCACCGCUCGUUCGCUCGCUCUCUUUCUCUGCCCCCACCUUGUUCUUCACCUCCGCCUCUUCUGACGCGUUUUACUUAGCGUGUCCAUGUUUCUCUGGGCGCAUAAAUAUACUAGCUGUAGGGUACAUAUCAAUUUAUUUUCCACUGGCCAAGGUCCUCCGCGAGGUGGGGGGAGCGUUGUGCGUGUUAGAGGUGCAGAGAUCUGCUUUUCAAGCGGAGCUGCAGCAGUGUGCAUCACGUGUGAACUCAAGGGGCGGGCUUUUGGCAAGGGGUUUUUUUACGAGUAUUUACUACAAGGUCUGCUCCAGAAGAUUAACAUCCCCACUCCUUCUGUCAGUUUCCGAUGCCAUGCCCGGUUAAAAUCAUAAUCGUAAUAACAGUAAUAAAAAAAUUGCAAGCCCAAGCCAUCUGCUCGUUGCCGAUCGUCACUCGUCCUAAGGAAUGGCCGAACCUUUUGCGAAUGAGUUGGCGUCCGCAGCUGCCAGAGGGGACCUAGCGCAAGUUACUAAUUUGUUGGAAAAUAAUGUAAACGUCAAUGCACAAAAUGGAUUUGGGAGGACUGCGCUGCAGGUGAUGAAGUUGGGGAAUCCGGAGAUCGCCCGGCGGCUGCUCCUGCGAGGCGCGGACCCUGAUCUGAAAGACCGCACCGGCUUCGCUGUCUUGCACGACGCCGCCCGCGCCGGCUUCCUGGACACCCUGCAGACUUUGCUGGAGUUCCAGGCGGACGUCAACGUAGAGGAUGACGAGGGCAACCUGCCUUUGCACUUGGCCGCUCAAGAGGGCCACCUGCCCGUCGUGGCCUUUCUGCUGGAGCGCACGGCGAGCCGGGUGGAGCAUCGCAACAAGAAGGGAGCCACCGCCCACGACCUCGCCAACCUCUACAAGAGGAACGCCGUCGCCAAACUGCUCGAGGGCGGCGGCAACAGCAGGCGGAGGGAGGGGGCCGUCAGCGGGGACUGAAGCCCCCCCACCUCGCUAGCUCGGACUCCAAGAGAGAGAGAGAGAGAGGACCUCUGUCCGCAUGUUCCUGCUAUCCCUCCCCCUUUUAACUUCUGUCUUCAUCUUACUCAACGCACACCAGUAAAUCGUGUAGGUCUCUUUCCUGUGCAGACUUGGGGGUGUUUUUUUUCUUGCUCUUCCCCUGAAGAAAAAAACAUCAGGCCAGUAGCAGCUUUUCUCAAAGGCGGGAAAAGAAACAGCAGGAUGGUCGGUCGCCUUUUUCUUUUAAUGCUUUUUACUCGGCUUGUUCAUGCUCACUCCGCCCUUCACUUAAAAACAAAACAACAAAAACCCCAAACUCAACUUUAUAAGGACCUCCUUUGUGUUUGCGGAUGACUUUCCCUUAAAAAAAAAAAUCUUAAAAUGCUUACUGUGAUUUCUCCCCCCUCCCCUCCCCUGAAAAUUGUCUUGCUCAACAAAGGUUAAAAUAAUAUGAAACACCACAUGAAGGAGUGUGAACCAUGAUGUGAAAGGGCUUUGUGCCCGAAGGGGAAGAAAGAGGGCGGGGGGGGGCUUUGGAUGUGUCUAAAAGGAAUAUUUUGAUACUUAGCUGGAUGGUGACACUAACGAAAACGUACAGAACAUUUGCUGAAGCUAUUUCAUGAUUUUUUAAAUUUUUUCUUGUUAUUCUGGCUGCUGCUCUAAACAACUUACAGCGCAAUCCUAUAUGUAUCUACUCAGAAGUAAGUCCCACUGAGUUCAAUAGGGCCAAAUACUGAUUUAGAGAGGGACUGUAGCCUUAAUUCGAAUAAAGUUGUGUUGAAGUCAAUAGGCCUUACUUCCAAGUAAAUGUGUUUCGGGACGAGGUGCAGCCUUUCCGAACCUUUGGGUCCCCAGAUGUUGCUGGACUACAGUUCCCAUCAUUCCUGACCACUGGCCAUGGUGGCUUGGGCUGCUGGGAGUUGUAGUCCAGCAACAUCCGGGGACCCAAAGGUUGAGAAAGGCUGGUUUAGUGGGUUAAAGUGUGUCUGUGUUGGCGGGAGGGGGAGGCAGGCUGUGUUUGUGCUUGGCUUUGUUUUAAUGCUGAAGAUUCAGACUUUGCUCAGAAAAAAAUAAGAAUAUUUGUUUUUGACAGAAUGGUUUGUAACCAUCCCUUUAGUCAGUGCUACAUUUCACAAAUGCGGGGAUACUUGGACACAUGAAGAAGUUUUUUUCCAAUUUGCUUUUCAUAAAAUGAUAUUAGUGCAAAUACACCAGUUUGGAAAACUGUCCUUGCAAUAUGGAGAUUAAUUUGUAAGAAUAGCCUAUGUCUACUGCCUUUUAGGGAGUGCCCCAAGAAUAGAUCUGGUUUGGUUCAUAAACCUGCUAAUUAGUACAACACCAUUUUACUGCAGGAGCAGGAAGUUCCGUGUGUUCUAAUAGAAUGAAUCCGGAGGACUGUCUUGUUAUGGGUUAAGAUUUGGCAACUUCAGUCAAACACUGUUUUUACAGAAUUAAUGAAUCACCCUAAACGGCGGUAUACUAAAUAGAAGGAUGUAAAAGUCUUUUAAAAGAAAAAGAGAAAGAAAGAAAGUGAAUUAAAAUUGACAGUUUUAGUUCUGGUGUUUUUUAAGCUUUCUAGUAGAAAACAAGGGAGGGAUGUUAAAAACUUAUAUACUUGGCAUAGGAAUAAACUACAAACCUAUCACUUGUUUUAUCAUUUAAAAUGCUCUCACCUCUCAUACUGCUAGGUUUCCUGAUUAAAAACCUCAAUG